CGUAAUCACAAUGGGGAAAACAACUAUAACAACUAAUUAGUUAUCACUAUCAGUUUAAUUGUAAGUUCGCAGUUUGUAAACGGAAGUAAUUUCUUCAUUAGAGGUAUUUUUCUCGACAUUGCCCACGUAUAUUCGGUAAAGAACGAUAUGAAGCUUAAUUAAUACAGCCCAGUGGCCAUCUCGAGCAAUGAUGUAUCCAUUAUACAGCAGCGAUAUAAUCCAUCUAAAUGUCGGAGGAACGAGGUUUUCGACAUCGAGACAGACACUGACUUGGAUACCGGAUUCGUUUUUCACUGCUUUACUCAGCGGUCGUAUAUCGAGCUUGAGAGAUGAAACCGGAGCUAUAUUUAUAGACAGAGAUCCGAAAGUAUUCGGAGUGAUAUUGAAUUAUCUUAGGACAAAAGAUAUAGAUUUAAGCGUCGUUGAUAUUCGUAUACUGAGACACGAAGCCGAGUAUUAUGGAAUCGCUCCUUUAGUCAAACGUUUAGUGCUGUGCGAAGAUCUGAAUCAGUCUUCUUGCGGAGAUGUUCUUUUCUACGGAUAUUUACCACCUCCGAAUCCACCUAUACAAGACGCGAGUACAUCGAGUGCUGCAAAAUCGGACGAAAACGGUGGCACGAAACCAGGCUCGAUUGUACGUAUACCGGAACCAGUUCCACCGCCUAAUUCGCCAUCCGGAUUACCAACAGCUCAUUCGACCAGUUCGUCUAUACCGCAUACUCACGGAUACCAAAGAUGCCAUUCGAGGAAUUCGUCGCUCGAUAUGAGGGUGUCGAUGUCUUCGCGUAAUUCCGACAUACGUAAUCAUAACAAUCGUAACGGACAUUCCAGUAAUGGACAUUCGCGAGCUGCGUCGCUCGAUCUAAGACAUACCAGGAAUUCGUCGGCUGAUCUCAAUAAAUUGAUUAGAAACGACGUGAAUUUAGUGUUUGGCUGUAACCAAGGAUCAAAUUGGGCCGAUCCGUUGAGAGUACAGAUAAUCAAAGCUCAUCAUCACUGGAUCGUGGUAGCUUAUGCGCAUUUCGUCGUAUGCUACAGACUGAAAGACUCAUCCGGAUGGCAGCUCGUGUUCACGUCUCCGUACAUAGAAAGCUGUAUCGAAAGGGUAGCCAUUAACUCGAAAGUAGGUCAAAAUAGUGGCGCAGUUGACGCAUCUUCGACUAGAAUGGUGGCCAUUUCGUACGGUAAUCAGAUACGUUUAUGGGGUAUAACCGAGCAUGGUGCUCGUACCAAUAUUGGUACUUUCAAUUUACACGUUAGAGUGGAAUAUUUAUUCUUUAUCGGUAGUCAAUUGGUGGCGUUGUCUCCGACUGGGAAAAUUGGUGUGUGGCAUGCGAUGACUCAUCAUUGGCAGAUUCAAGAUGUUGUUCCGAUCGCUUCGUUCGAUACCGCGGGGUCGUUUUUAUUGCUCGGAUGUAAUAACGGAUCUAUUUAUUAUAUUGAUAUGCAAAAGUUUCCACUUCGAAUGAAGGAUAACGAUUUGUUAGUAACUGAGCUUUACAAAGACCCAUCGAAUGAUCCCAUCACAGCGAUUUCUGUUUAUUUGACUCCGAAGACCAGUUUAUGCGGUAAUUGGAUCGAAAUAGCUUAUGGGACCAGUUCCGGUACAGUUCGAGUCAUAGUCCAACAUCCUGAAACCGUCGGCCAUGCUCCCCAGCUUUUUCAAACAUUCACAGUGCAUCAGAGUCCAGUCACCAAGGUUACACUGUCGGAAAAAUAUUUAGUAUCUGUUUGCUGCGAAUAUAAUCACGUUCGUACCUGGAGUGUGACCAGAUUCCGCGGAAUGAUAUCGACUCAACCUGGAUCGACUCCGGUAGCGUCGUUUAAAAUUGUCUCUUUGGAAGAGGUUGAGCCAUGUAUCAGUUAUACUGCUGGUAACGACUGUGGUCCAUUUGGAGAACAAGACGACGAACAAGUAUUCGUUCAAAAAGUAAUUCCAGAAACUCCAGAACUCUACGUGAGAUUGGCAUCGAAUGGUAAAAGAGUUUGCGUAAUUCGAGCUGUAGACGGUAUCACAAUCACCUGUUUCUGCGUUCACGAAUGCGACGGAUCGAACAGAAUGGGCUCCAGACCUCGACGUUUCAUAUUCACCGGACACAGUAACGGAGCUCUUCAAAUGUGGGAUUUAACCACAGCUUUAGAUUUAUGCGCCAAGGACCAAGCCUCGCAAAACAGAGGAGGACCUAGCGCCGAAGAAUUACUCAGACUACUAGACCAAUGCGAUCUCAGCACCAGUCAUUGCUCUACUCCUUGCAUAUCUCCUUGCCCAACGCUGCUCGGCUCAGCAGCCCGGAUCAAAGCCUCAAACAUGGCUUUCCUCAACCAGUCUCUAGUUCAACAAACCGAUAACAACACCGCUCAACCACCGACAUCCAGCACCAGUACACCCUCCACUAGCACCACAUCGAACGCACCUGCUACGGCCUCUGGUUCUGGUACAAAUUCGACGACAACAACAACAACUAGUAACGAUGGUAAAUUGUUAUUUUGAUUAUUCGCCUCGUGUUUGCCAUCUUUGAAAUCAAUCGAAGAUGAUGGUAUGUGAUACCUUAUUAUUAUUAUUAUCUAUUUUUCUUAACCCUCUCUCCCCAUCUCCUUAUCCUUACCACCUCUAUACCCUAAUUUGACCAAUUUUAAACGUUUUUUUUCCUGUUUCAUUGUUGUUGUUGUUUGUUGUGUUCGAGGAUAUACUAUUUUUGGUUUACUUAUUAUUGUAUCUCCCUGGUUCUCUCACUCCCAGUCCCCAUUGUAUGGUUUUUCUUUUUUUAUAGCACGUUCAGAGUAAUGGCACAGUAUUAUGGGAACGUGUCGAUAUUCCAUAGACGCGCUUUUAUUUAUUUUUUUUAUCCUGUUUAUUAUAAUAUUGUAAUAAAUAUUGCUUAUGUUUUAA